AUGGGUGUCGUCAUCAACCAGGAGCCCGCCGCUCUCCCCGCAGCAGACCUGUCGCUCUUCCACGCCACAGACGAGCUGCUCUCCAACUCGCCCGUCCUCAUCUUCUACGGGCCUACCUCGACCGCCGCGCAAACCACAAACUCGCGCAUACAGACCCACAUCUUCACCCCGGCCGGUCUUUCGAGCUACGCGCGCCUGAUCGUGUCGCCCACAGCCUCCUUCUACAAUGCCGUCACAUGUCUGCCGCGCGAGGAGCAGGGCGACGAGAUAUGUCGUGGCCUGGCCUUCAGUCUCUACAAAUACUUCGUCGAACUGCCCGCCCAAGUGAAGAGCGCGUGGGAGAGGCGCUACAGCACCAGAGCCAACAUGCACAUGGCCCCCACGCUGUUCUCUGAGCAGCAUGCCGCCAUUGUCGCAGCCAAAAUGGUCAAGGUCGAAAACACCGAGGAGAUCAUCGUCGAUGUGCGCCAUGCACUGGGAGAGCAGAUGCUGUCGUGGGUCGACAUGGAUGUCGUCCUGCCACAGGGCAGCAUACAGAAGGUCAACACACGAGACUCGGAACAAUUCGACGAGCCAGAAGACGACGCUCUCGAGCAGCAGUACGGAUCAUAUGCCCCAGUCAUCAGAUUGUUUGGAGAGUCCACCUUCCUACCCACAUCACGCCUCCGCCGAGCACCCUCCAAAGCCAGCCAACUUAGCCGGUCACAGUCGUUUUCAAGGAAACAAAAGGAGACACUGCGCCGCGAGAUGUGCGAGCUAUUGGACACCGAGGAGAACUAUGUCAGCAAGGUCCACGACUUGGUUAACAACGUCGCCACCGAGUUUCGUGAGAAGGCUAAGCACAGGUCCUCUUCCAGCUCAAGUCCGAAUGAGCAGACGCUUCAAGGCCUGUUUCCACCAAGCCUAGACAAGAUCCUUGAGGUCAACUCCAACUUCUUAGAGGAGCUGCAAGUGAUACUCGAAGAGACUGAGAACGGCGCAAUCCAAGACAUCGAAGAAUCCACGGACGACGUCUUCAUCGCCCCGUUACGAGGCCAAAAGGAUCCACCAGAUGUCACUGGAGCGGCCAGAGUCGCAAAGGCACUUAUCGAAUGGUUCCCCAAGUUCGGCGACUGCUACACUGACUACAUGGCUGCCCAUGGCGACUUCUCGCAGUUGCUGAAGGCCUUUACCAAAGAGCCAGCUUCCAGCUUCUCGAAAAGGGUCUACGAGACCGGUGAACAGCGGCUAACAUCAUUACUCAUCGAGCCCGUGCAGCGCCUGCCUCGCUACAACCUCUAUAUCGACCAGAUCGUGAAGCAGCUACCGGUGAGGCAUCCAGCGAUCAAGGAUUUCCUCAAAGCCAGAGAUAUCAUCUCCGAGAUAUGCUCGAGAGAGGGAUCAGCAGCGCAGCAAAUGAAAAUCUCCGAUCGUUUGCGCAAAAUGGUUUAUCAGUGGCCGUCAACGCUCAGGCCCCAAGGAAGACUGAUCAAUGCCAUCGACUUUGUGGAGCUGACACCACCCUACCAUGGAGAGCUCAGCGGACCAGCCACUACUCCAGGCAUCUUUGUGCUUUUUUCGGAUCAUCUCGUGAUCUUACACAAGCCGAACGACUGCACCGCGACUGCACGUAGUCUAAUGGCUGACCUAGACAGCCCCAAACUUGUCGAAGUUCCGGACGACUCCUCUGAGCUCGUCUUCCACCAGCACCUUCGACUAUGUGACGUAUUUGUCAGCGAGCACGCCGAUUCCAGCAUUGUCCAAUUGUUGUCCCCUACCCCACGCAUAAUUCAAAUGGGACGCCCUCCGACCCCCGAUCGUCAAAACAUCGGCAUUCGUAUGUACUACGUGCAAGGUGCUUAUGAGGGCCGAGCACAAAGAGUCGUCGAAGACCUCACCAAGGCCAGAAUCGAGGGGCGAUUUGCAGAAGCUGAGCGGGAGAGCUUCAAGUGGGAAGUACGAAGUCGGCCUGGGGACCUCAAUUUGUUCUCUUCUGUCACGGAAGAAGCAGGAAAUGCGCCACCUGAGGGCCGCAGGGAACCCUCCAGAAUACAGAUUCUGAUAGAGGCACCAAAAUUCUCCCAACCUAUUGAAGUAGGCUAUGAUGGUAUCGAGGUGGUCGUCAAAAUCUCCAUCCUCGACAAUGGUUUCUACCUCAUGGACAUCAGUGGACCGAAUGGUUACCUCGCACGAGACAAGCUCACCAAAGUAGAAUUUCUGCCCGUGCUGACAAAACGACUGGCCAACUACUUUCAACAGCGCAACAACAUCAAGAACCCGGGCUUAUCCGAAGCGUAUCUCCUUCGCAACCAGCUGAUUUUACAGUCGCUGAAUCUUCGGAUGACAGAUGUGGAGGAGUGGAGAGAGAUGAAGAGCCGACCCGCUUCACCUGUCAAAAUGCUCAGCAACAUUUUUGGUGCUAGCGUCGGCAGAGAAGGCGGAGGGCGAAAACUUCAGCGUAACGCCCAUACUCUUGGAGACAUUCCUCGCAUGCCGCCUCCUUUGCAACUCGCACCGACCCGUACCCAGAGUCGCGAUGGUCCCAGCUCGCGACCAACAUCGUCGAGGAGUGCUGUUCUCGACGAUGCACAACCCAUCGACUCACUCUCCAAGCUGGAAGACUCGUUAGCGAAUAUUACAAUGGCUCUUUCAGCUCGCAAAGGCAACAUUGUUGGUCGUUCUGUUCGGGCUCGAGCCGUUGCAGACGAGCUUGUGGUCAACGAGCUCUACAACUCACUCCUCGAAACGCCAUCGGACCUUGACCUCGCCUCGCAAUCCUCAGUUGAUGUUUUGUUUGCUGUGUUUGAUAAGUUUCUCAAUGUUGCUUGGAAGGAGAGGAUGGGGCCCGUGUUGUCACACGCCACGUUUGUGUCCUUGCAGAUGCGGUCAGACAGCAUGUACCCUGGAGAGUUUGAAGAAUACUUCCGCGCGACCUUCAACAGCCUCGCACCCCAGAACCAACGAGCAACUCGAGUCAUCAUCCAGCUCCUAGCCGAACUGCUCGAUGGUACGAGUAACGAUGGGGAUCGCGGCAUACUGACAGCUGCUUUCGCUGAGAUGAUGGUACCCGCUGGUAACGCAAACGAUUUCAUCUCCCUAGUCGACCGCCUAGUGCAGGAUAUAGACGCCCUCUUUCCAGCCGAGACUCCUGGUUUCUCAACAUCGAACUACGGAUCGAUCGAUGCAAAGGGUCGCGCUAAUGCUGGUGGCUCCAUUAAUUCGAACACUUCUCUGAGGCGGCGGUUUGGCUUUGGGAAUUUGUCAAGAGAAAACAGCAAGUCCGAGAAUGAAUCCAAAGUCAGCUCACUCUGGCGGUCCUUGAGCAAGAAUAGCCACAGCCAGGAGAACUUCUCUGCCAGUGUAUCAAAAUCGGUCGGCCGUUCCAACUCCAUAGACGCUGGCCGCCACUCACCUAAGCGUCCAUCAUCACGAGAUCGUCCGACCGUUCUCGGUGCCUUCCAAUAUGAGAGUGGGAGUCAGAAUAAUCGCUCUUUCUUGGGAACCAUUGGCGAGGUACCUCCUGCCACUUCCAAGCUCGCUGUCCCUACCCAGCCCCGCAAGAAGCGUCGUUCCUCACUAAGUGACCUCAAGGAGCUGCAGUUUACUGACGACGCACCCUCGUGGUCUUCACAGACUCCUCGUAGACCUGAUUCUACCCUACCAAAGAACCGAGGCAGCACCUCACCACCUCGUACGCCUUUGCGGACUGCUGUUUCGUCCCACAAACACACGUCGUCUAUCCCAGCUCCAAUGCGAUUAGGUUCACCUAUGAGGAAAGAGAAUGAGCCUGUCACUUCUCUUCCACGAAGGGGUAGCAUUCAGCCGGAACCACGACCAGUCGAAGCCUUUACGCGUAGAGGCAGCGUGCAACCCAAGCCGGCUACCCCCAGACAGGAGAGUAAAGAUGAGAUCACUAUCAAAUCUUUCACACAAUCAACGUCCACACACUCCAGGAGACGCAAUGAAUCUAUCACUAGUAUACCCACUCUUCGCCCCAUGUCUGGCUCCGUUGCCGGUCUGUCAGAACGUCCAGGCUCUGGAAAUACUGUCAGGCUGCCGCCUUCCACACCCCGAUCUGCCAUCAAAGCCGUUGCUCCCUCAGCAACUACCAACGGAAGUGGUAGUGGAACCGGUGUGACAGGCACGCCGCGCAGACUUCGUAUGCAAUCGCCACAGAAACUCCGUGAGCGACUCCAGACCCAGCAAAAGGAUAUUGAGAGCGCCUCGCACGAUCUGCAGAACGUAUUGAACGACAUUGGUCAUGAGCUGAGUGCCAAGAGCACCCCGCGCCUCCAUCCUCAGACUUCAGCUCCCUCACUAGGAUCUGGCACACCUACCAAAGCACAAUCAAUGACACUAGAGGCUCGCAUAGCUGCUCUCGAAAAACAAGCCAAGGCCACUCUCGACGCUCUCUCCACCCGCGCUGCCACCAUCUCAUCCGAUGUUACUACGUCCCUACAAGUGUCUGAGGCACGUGUCAAGCAGCUCGAUCAACUGUACCGCGACUCCAACGCGGAGAACGAGGCACUGUAUGCGCGCUUCAACGAAGAGCUGGAGAGGGUAACAAGUAGUGCACGCAAAGGGAAGGCCAGCGAAGAAGUCGAUCGCCGAAUGAGAGCUAGCGAAGAGGAGGCCGCGAGGUUGAGAAAGGAGAACGCGAGGCUGAAGAGGGAGGUUGCGGGGUUGAAGGCACAGAUCAGGGAGUGA